CGGCGACCCCGGCAGUCGGAGCUGGGGCUGGCGGAGUUCGCGGGGCCCGUGGCGGGAGGCUGUGGCGGCCUGAGGUAACCCCCCGCCCUUUCCCCAGCGCCGGGGAUCGGCGGCGACAGCCCGCGGGGCCGGGCCACCCCUUCCCCUGCAGCCCGCCGGAUGCUGCCGGGCUCGGGGCCGGGGCGCCAGGGUCAUGAGGAGCGGCCGCCGCAGGGAACAGUGACGUCCCCGCUCCUCGCCCCCUGGGGGGGCUGAACCCCCCCCGCCUGGAGCUCAGCCCCCCUCCCCCUCCCGAUGACAGAAAGCGCCCGUCGCCUUGGAGACGCCCGCCCGCCGCCCCCCACUCGCCAGGCCCGGGGGGGUCCGCGCCGCCCCUAGCAGCAUGACAGCCGCCGCCCCCGGGGGCAGCCCGGGGGGAGACCGCCGGGGGCUGCCGUGAGCCCAGCGCUCGCCCCGCCCGCCCGGCCCUCCAUGCCCCCGCGGGACGAGGAUGGAGGCGGUGGGGGACUUUGAGUACAGCAAGAAGGACCUGAUCGGGCACGGAGCCUUCGCCGUGGUCUUCAAAGGCCGCCACCGCAAGAAAACGGAUUGGGAAGUAGCCAUAAAAAGCAUUAACAAAAAGAAUUUGUCAAAGUCACAAAUCCUGCUUGGGAAAGAAAUAAAAAUCUUAAAGGAACUUCAACAUGAGAAUAUUGUGGCACUCUAUGAUGUCCAGGAAAUGCCCAACUCUGUCUUCUUGGUAAUGGAGUAUUGCAAUGGUGGAGACUUGGCAGAUUACUUGCAAGCUAAAGGAACGCUUAGUGAAGACACCAUCCGAGUUUUCCUCCAGCAGAUUGCAGCUGCUAUGCGUAUCCUACAUAGUAAGGGAAUAAUUCAUAGAGAUCUUAAACCACAGAACAUCUUGUUGUCUUACGCAAGUCGUAGGAAGUCAAGCGUCAGUGGCAUACGAAUCAAAAUAGCUGAUUUUGGUUUUGCUCGUUACCUGCAUAGUAACAUGAUGGCUGCCACUUUGUGUGGGUCCCCUAUGUAUAUGGCUCCAGAGGUUAUUAUGUCGCAACACUAUGAUGCCAAGGCAGACCUGUGGAGUAUAGGAACUGUGAUUUAUCAGUGUCUUGUUGGGAAGCCACCUUUUCAGGCCAAUAGUCCUCAAGACUUGAGAAUGUUUUAUGAAAAAAACAGGAAUCUGAUUCCUAGUAUUCCAAGGGAAACAUCAGCAUAUCUGGGUGACCUGCUGUUGGGUUUACUUCAGAGAAACCAAAAAGAUAGAAUGGACUUUGAAGCAUUCUUCAACCAUCCUUUCCUUGAUCAGAUUUCAACAGUCAAAAAGUCUUGCCCUGUUCCAGUGCCCACGUAUGCAGGCUCAAUCUCUGGCAGCUCCUGCAGUAGUUCUCCUUGUCGUUUUGCUUCUCCUCCCUCCUUGCCAGACAUGCAGCAUAUUCAAGAAGACAACUUGUCUUCCCCACCAUUGGGUCCUCCUAACUAUCUUCAGGUGUCCAAAGAUUCCGCCAGCACCAGUAGCAAGAACUCUUCCUGUGACACAGAUGAUUUUGUUCUGGUUCCACACAACAUCUCUUCAGAUCACUCAUAUGAUAUGCCAUUGGGAGCAGUUGGCAGACGGGCUUCGAGUGACUUCAUGAUGUGUGGAGGGCAGUCACCAUUAACCAUUUCUGGAAGCUCAGGAACUUUACAGAAACCAUCCUCAAGCUCCACCCGAAGUAGUUCUUCAGGUUCAGCUAACAGACAAUGUCAGCCUUCAGUGUCCCCACGCAGCGAAACAGCACCUAUUCCGGUUCCCACUCAGUUACGGAAUUAUCAGCGUAUAGAGCAGAAUCUCUCAUCUACUGCCAGCCCUGUGUCAAACCCCCAUGGAUCACCUAGAUCUGCAGUGGUGAGACGGUCUAAUACCAGCCCCAUGGGCUUUCUGAAGAUGGGCUCCUGUUCACCAGUACCAGCAGACACUGCACAAGGUGUUGGACGCAGGCUGUCCACAGGGUCUUCAAGACCGUAUUCUCCUUCGCCAUUAGUUGGAACUAUACCUGAGCAACUUGGGCACUGUUGCUGUGGUCAACCUCAAGGGCAUGAAUCAAGGAAUAGAAAUGCCUCAGGUUCUCCAAUACCACCUCAAUCACCGCAGACCCUCUUGAUGGGAACCAGGCUGCAGAGUGCUCCAACUCUAACAGAUAUCUACCAGAACAAACAGAAGCUUCGAAAGCAACAUUCAGACCCUGUAUGCCCAUCAUAUACAGGAUAUGGGUAUAGCUACUCUCCACAGCCAAGUAGGCCAGUCAGCCUGGGAACAUCACCUACAAAACAUAUGGGAUCAUCACCUAGGAGCUCAGACUGGCUGUUUAAAACUCCAUUACCAACAAUUAUUGGCUCUCCCACUAAGGCAACUGCUCCUUUCAAGAUACCGAAGACUCAAGCAUCCUCAAACUUGCUGGCCUUGGUUAGUCGUCAGGGUUCGGCGGAUGUCCCAUUGCAGUCUAAAAAUAUGACUGACCCAAGGGACUUCACACACUUCCACUUGACACAAGGAACUGAAAAACAGGCAGUAGAACAGCACAGCAAGGCUCCAUUUGGCAGAUCUGUCAGUACUGGGAAGUUGUCAGAUCAACAAGCAAAGACUAUCCUUGGUGGCCAGUUAUAUCAGGGCAGCACAGAUAGUCUCAAUACUGAGCGACCAAUGGAUACAGCUCCAGCAGGGGCCUGUGGAAUAGCAAUGGCACCUCCUUCCAUGGGAACUGGAGCAAGUUCUAGGGCAGUAAUGUUUACUGUGGGUUCCCCUCCAAAUAGUGCUACCCCUCCUACUUGCACCCAUAUGGUCCUCAGAACUAGAACAACUUCAGUUGGAUCAAACAGUUCUGGAGGGUCUCUCUGCUCUACUAGUGGCCGUGUAUAUAUGGGCUCCCCUCCCGGUAUUUAUAUGGGGUCGUCUCCUCCUGGAACAGAGGCAGCUCCAAGUCUGAAGUACAUGUCUUAUGGUACUUCACCUCCCAGCUUAGAGGGUUUUAUCACUUUUGAAGCUCCUGAACUGCCUGAGGAAACAUUAAUGGAGAGAGAACAUACAGAUACACUGCAUCAUCUGAACAUGAUGCUGACUUUUAUAGAAUGCGUACUGGACCUGACAGCAGUACGGGGAGGAAACCCAGAACUGUGCACCUCUGCAGUGUCAUUGUAUCAGAUUCAGGAGAGUGUGGUGGUUGAUCAGAUAAGCCAACUAAGCAAAGAAUGGGGACAAGUAGAGCAGCUGGUGUUGUAUAUGAAAGCAGCACAACUACUAGCAUCUUCUCUGCAUCUGGCCAAAGCACAGAUCAAAUCGGGAAAACUGAACCCAUCCACUGCUGUUAAACAAGUUGUCAAAACUCUGAAUGAACGAUAUAAAUUCUGCAUCACCGUGUGUAAGAAGCUGACAGAAAAGCUGAAUCGUUUCUUCUCUGACAAGCAAAGAUUUGUAGAUGAAAUCAACAGUGUAACCGCAGAGAAACUCAUCUACAACUGUGCUGUGGAAAUGGUUCAGUCAGCAGCACUAGACGAGAUGUUUCAGCAGACAGAAGAUAUUACAUAUCGAUACCACAAAGCAGCCAUGCUGCUGGAAGGACUGACUAAGAUACUGCAGGACCCUGCAGAUAUAGAAAAUGUUCACAAAUAUAAAUCUAGUAUUGAGCGGCGGCUCUCUGCACUUUGCUAUAGCACAGUGGCUGUAUAUGAACAGUAGCAGAACCCCAAGGACCAGGCGGUGUGAACAGAAGGGACCACUCAGUGACAUUGUAGGUUUUGUUUUGGUUUUUUUUGCUUAAUUGUUGUCAUUGUCCCACUGCUCUGUGGAAGACAGUUUUUUUGUUUUGGUUUGGUUUUUUUUAAAGUUCUGUGGUGACUACCAAAGAAACAGCAGUAAAUUCAAAGAGGAAAAAAUCCAAAAGUACAUUUAUAGAAAAUCUGCCUUACUGUUACAGUCACUCUUCCCUUUUUCCUCCUAGCAGCAGAAUUUAAAAGAAAUCAGUCUUCACUUUCUAACUGAACUUUGUACAUGUACUUUUAACUAUCACGAUCAAUUUUAUUUUCCUUACUAAGGACUAUUCAGAAUGGAUCCUUCUUCACAAAGUAUGCAAAGCUGUGUUUCCAUAGGGAAAUUCCACUCAAAGGUUUGUGGAAGACUGUUUUUUAAUUGCCAGUAUCAGACUAUUGAAUGAAGGUCUGAAAUUCUAAAUGUAUAAACCUGCAGUUGGAAGCUUUUCUGGCUAAGCUUGUUUGGAUCCAAACUUACAUCGUGUAAAUACAGCUCAUCAGUGAAUAGAGGAAGGAUGAAAAGUAAGUCCCUUUUAAAGAAGGAGAGGAUGAGGUCAAUGGAAGAAAUUUUGCUCCACCUCUUCAAAAUCCUCAAACAAUUUUAUCAGCUGAUGUGGAUACAACUUGAUGCUCUUCUUCCAAAACAGUUUUUAUUGCACUAAUUUACUAAAGCAACUGUACAUUCAUUUUUGAACUAUUAAUUUAAAAAAGAGAGAGAAAAGGCACAAUGGACUUAGCUGAAAAAGUUUUAUUUCAGUGUAUAUAAAAUCCUUUUCAGAAUUUCAAAUGGAGCUUCUAGAAGGCUUUCAGACAAACUGUAAAAACUUGUAUUCAUGUGAACCUUUCCAUUUUAUACCUAUUUAUCUAAUACUUGAGUAACUACUGCUACAGACUUUCUCAGUAAUAGAAAUGUUUUGAGUUGCUGGUUGUUUGCUUUCAAAAUAGGUUUGGUUGCAUCUUUUGUUGUGCAUGCAGUAUGUGCAUUAUUGCCUGCAAUCUCUGUGAGUAUAACAGCUCUCUGAAUCCUGUUUCUUGGGCAGUAUUAAAACAAAUACUGUAAACUGAGAGGCUCUGUUAUGAGCCAUGUGAGACUAGAAAUAGGUUGGGAAUUGGGAUGCUGAUUUAGUGAUGUGGGAUUUCUACAUUCAGUGUGUGAAAAAUCAGGGUAUUUGUGUGUGCAUUUUUAGGGAGAGGUGGGAAACUUCCCAUAGCCUCAUAGGCACUUAUCAUUUCAAGCAUCCCUUCAGAUCAUCAGAACAGCAAUUCACAAAGUAUUUAGGCAGAUCAUCUUCUCUGGAAUGGUUCCUAUAUUUUACUUUUGGAAGUUUUUUGGGGGGGUUACUCAACUGCUUGAAUACUUGAAUAAACCAUUCUCCAGGACAAAAUCAUUUUAAUCCUCUUUUAGAUACCGUGGUCUGAACUAUUUUACAAAGUUGUACAGUUCUUAUGCAUCAGUAUUGUUUUAGUGUACUGAUAACCAUGUGUUUCCUUUACUUUGCAAAGUAAUGUACUUUUACCCUUAUUUAUCUGUAUGAAAUUCCAACAGUUAAUUUGAAAGUGUUUAUUUAUAUAAUGUUUGUAUUUUUAGGUCUUUAAUACAGUGUUUCUACCUCUCCUUUGUAACUGCAUGCAUUAUUCUUGAAACUAGGUAAUAACUCACUGAACUGUUGCAUAAUAGACUUUUUAUUAUGGCCUGUAUAAAUGUAUAUUCAGGUAAAAUAAAGACUGACACCAGACGUGUUUCUGUGGUA